AUGGAAUGCAUAUCAACUAUCACAUACUCCUUGACCCUAAAUGGUGGACUUACAAAACCUUUCAGAGGACAAAGAGGAAUCAGGCAGGGGGAUCCAAUAUCCCCCUACCUGUUUGUCCUAGCCAUAGAAUAUUUGCAGAGGGAGUUUGCACAACUGGCAGCUGAUCUCCCUUUUAUUAGACUGCUUCAACAAGCUUUUAUGAAGUUUUCAAUGGCUUCAAGCUUGCAGGCAAAUACAGAAAAGAGUUCUAUAUAUCUAUCUGCCAUUUCUGCUUCUUUGAAACAGGAUAUUCUAGAGGAGUUGGGGUUUACUGAGGGUACUAUACCCUUCAGGUUGCAACUCAUCAAAUCUGUUAUCUUUGGAGUACAAUCCUACUGGGCUCAACUAUUCCUACUACCAAAGAAGGUUCUAAAAAUGAUUGAAGCUAUUUGUAUAUCAUUCCUUUGGAAAGGUACAUCCAGUAUUUCUAAGAAAGCAUUGGUCUCAUGUGAGAAAAUUUGUAUGCCUCAAGCUGCUGGGGGGCUAAAUAUUGUAGAUUCUGUGUCAAUACCCAAGAAUGCAGCCUGGUUUGUGAGGAAGAUAUUAGGACUUAGAAGUCUUAUUACAGAACUUCAGAAUGUGCAAGCUGACUUGCCCUCUAGAUUGGCUCAACUGCUGACUCCUGGUGGAAGCUUUAGCAUAAAGAAAUUAUUCAAGUUCAAUUUAUGGCUUGUUGCUAAUGGUAGACUACCUACUGUGGAUAGGUUGCAGAAAAUUGGAAUUCAAGUUGCUUAA